AUGGCUAGCGUCAACACCAGCUGUGCCAGCGUGGAGGGGCCGUUGAAUCGUUACUACCUACCUGUCUCCUACGGCAUCAUCUUCAUCGUGGGCCUGCUGGGAAACACCACCUCCAUCGGCAUCUAUGUGACGAAGCUGCGCCCCUGGAAGAGCAGCAGCAUCAUCAUGGUCAACCUGGCGCUGACGGAUCUCCUCUACGUCCUCACCAUGCCCUUCUUGGUCUACUACUACAGCAGCGGGGGCUUGUGGGCGCUCGGAGACUUCACGUGCCGCUUCGUGCGCUUUGCGUUCCAUUUCCACCUUUAUGCCAGCAUCCUCUUCCUGUCCUGUAUGGCGGUUUUUCGUUAUGUGGCGGUGGUCUGGCCGCUGAGGGGCGUACGGCUGCAGCAGAGGAUCUGGGGAGUCGCGGCAUGCUCGGUCAUCUGGGUCGUGGCUGCUGCUGAAAUCACUCCGAUGCUGACCCUGAUAUCCUUGCACCGCGAGGACAACGACACGCGAUGCUUGGACUUUGCGAGCACCAGACCGGUCGGCGACGUUCGGCAGUACGGCUGGGUGCUUACGGCUCUUGGUUUUGGGCUGCCUCUUGCGGUGGUGUUGAGUUGUUACGUUGGUAUUGUCAAACAGUUGACCAAAGGGCCCGACCCCAGCAGCACCUGCCGGAUGCGAGCGCGGCGCGUGACGGUACUCAUCCUGGUAGUCUUCGUCACAUGCUUCCUACCUUACCACGUCCUGCGUGUGCUGUGGAUAGAAACCCGAAGCUCUUCGCCGACACCGUGCAUGAUGAACACCGUGCAGGCGGCCUACAUUGUCUCUCGGCCCCUGGCUGGCCUCAACACGGUCUUUAACCUGGCUCUGUUCACGCUCUCCGGUGAUCGGUUCUGGAGGGCCUUCCUGGGCUCUUUUCAGUGUGAACACUGGGUCAGCAAAGCCCGGUCGCUGCUGAACCUGUCCAUCAGCACCAAGGCAGGCCGGGACUCACCUGCGGCGUGA